AGUCAAGCUGCGCGGGCAGUACCUGUAGCGUGUACCAGAAAUGAAACAACUAACAUAUUUGGCCGUUUGGGCGGCGUUCCUGCAGAUCGUAUGGGGACAAUGCCUGGUGAACCUCAGGAACGACUUGACGUCUCCGGAGCCGGUGUUUCUUCGUGGAAACCAGUUAUGGGCACCGAACGGCGCUGCUUUGCUGUGGAACUCCGGAGAGGCUACUACCAUUUCUUGCCAAAACGGUCAACUUAACGGAUUUGGUGUCUCAACUGCAUCGUUGACGUGUCAAGCUGGAACGACGUUCACCAUCGGUGGAACGCAGGUUGAUUCGAGGGCUUUGACCUGCACGCAGCGUAUCACGGGUGAUUUGGAUGCCACGACGACUGCAUGCGCUGGUGGUGCUGGUCAAUUCCGCAAUAUCGGGUUCAGACUGACAGAUGGCCAGCUCGUAACUUACAUUCAGUCGUGCUACAACGUGAACACUGCUUCUGUUAUCUACACGCGUCACAUUAUUCCGGGGAGAGCCAUCAACCAUGCCAUCAGCGAGUCGUAUCGGCCAUCCUUCAAGGUGGCGGGAACUGCUGGUCAUGUCAGUCCCGCAACUUCCUACACCACUGCUCAACAGAGAGUUAGGCUGGCUGCUCUGCUGGGUUCCCAGGAACAAGCUGACCGGUUCAUUACCACCAGUUCGUACAUGUCCCGCGGUCACUUGGCUCCGGAUGCUGAUGGUAUUUUCCGGUCGUGGCAGUGGGCUACUUAUUUCUACGUGAACGUUGCUCCACAAUGGCAGCAAACCAACGGAGGUAACUGGUUGGUCGUGGAGAACGCCGCCCGUAACAUCGCAGGUCGUCUUCAAGAGGACGUACUUAUCUUCAACGGCGCCCACGGAGUCAUGACGCUGCCCCAUGUGAACGGCCAGCAAAUCCCAAUCACCCUGGAAGCAGGUGGUAUUGAGGCACCCAAGUGGUACUGGAAGAUCAUCAAGUCACCGAACACCAACUCGGGCAUUGCGCUGAUCACCAACAAUGAUCCGUUCCGAACGAGCAUGCCAGCUGCGGAGAUGCUCUGCACGGACGUGUGUGCCACCUAUGGCUGGGCCAACGCAAACUAUGGAAACUUUGCCCGGGGUUAUACCUACUGCUGUACGGUAGCGUCGCUCAUGCAGGCCAUUCCGGCAAUUCCGGCCGAGGCAGCGGUGGCUAAUGUGUUGCGGUUCUAGGUUGAAUAGCACACUUCAAUCU